GACAAACCGAGCUUGCUGUGCGCAACUUGUCAAGUUUCCUCGCGGGUCGCUGCAAUCAGAUGGAGCUCUCACCAGUUUGGCACAGGUUGCGCGUGAGGCGCAAAUCUGUCACCGCAUACACCCUGGCAACAGUCGUCGUGAUUUCCCUGCUGGCCGGCCUUUUGCACUCUUGCGCAGCUUCACCACCAACAAAGAGAGUGGACAGUGAUCUGGAGGCCAAUCUUUCACCAGCAGCACGCUGCGCCCUGCAUUGCGCAGCAAAUGUCAUUGGCACUGCGGAUUCAGCUGCAAACCGCACUGUUGAUGUAACCAGAAGUAUGUGGAGCAGGCUUGUGCAUGCUUCUAGUGCAGCGAAGGUGAGCUCAGCAGCCUCAAUGGCUGAACUUGCGCAGGAAGCUUCCCGCGCAUCAACUUGGGUCGCUGCCUCCCCACUGGCACAGAGUGGUGCCCAACAAGCCAAGGCUGGAUGUUGCCAGUCUUCUACUUUGGCACAUGUUCAGAGUUGAAGGGAUUCGACGCUUCUGACAAAGUACGCCAAGAUGCGUUUGAAUCACGAACGACAAAGACUGCUAGUCAGAAAGUCAAUAUGUGCAGCGGAUGCCGCAAAAAACAGACCAAUGCCGCAAAAUCUGUGCAGUGUUGGAUCAGAAACGUUGGAAGGAACAGGUUAAAACAGAUGUGAAGCGCAGGCGCAACACACUCAGGGAUUUGCGGGUCUUACUACGCUAGCUAGACGGCUGUUUGGGAUGUCAAGCAGAACGGAUGUCGGUUCUUGGAAGCACUCAUUGUGCUCAUUGUGCUCUCCACGGGUCCUUCACUGCGUCUCUCAUUGACCAGCAGCUGCUUGUAUUGUUGCAGGGUUUUCCCCUGACAGCUGAGUUGUGGGACCAGCAAGUGAGGUAUCAGGACACCUCUAUGAAGUAGAAUUCACAAAGCAGAGCAAGUUACUGCAAUGAGGAAUGUGCUUUGCAACUUCCCUAAUUGCCCCCACCUGGCUUCGACAGCAAACCGC